AGACGGAAAAGCAUCAGCUGUGCAGAGCCUGAAACACCUUGAAGUGCUGGGAGUGACAAUGGGGGCAUUUCUGCGCAAGCUGGGAUUGUCAUCUCAAGAUGGCUCACCUUUGGAGAUGGCCGCCCUGGGCCGACCUUUCCAGGUGGGGAUGCUCUAUGACUGUCGCACUGAUUCACUCAUUCCAGAUGUCACUCUAUGGGACUGGGAAAACCUCAAGAAAGACCUCAAAAUUAAACCCCAGAACAACACGCAGGUCAACAUCAUCACUUUGGACUCCUCGGAUGAGAAAACUUCCACCUUAAAUAUGACAGCCUCCCUUAAAGCGAGCUUCUUGUGUGGCUUGAAUGAGGUUGGUGGAGCUGCCAAGUACCUCAAUGACACCAAAUCAUCCAAACGACAGUCCAGGGUCACCCUGCACUACAGCACAACCACCAGAAUGGAGCAGCUCAGCAUGAGCCACUUGGGGAAUCAGAAUGUCGUUUAUCCAGAAGUGUUUGAGCAGAAAUCAGCCACCCAUGUUGUCACAGGCGUGUUGUAUGGAGCUCAGGCUUUUUUUGUAUUUGAUCAAUGGGACUCUAAAGAGGAAGAGAACCGAGAUAAUAAAGGAAAAUUAGAAACAUUAAUUAAAAAAUAUAUUUCUGUAGAUGGUAAAAGAGCCCUAAAAAUGACAGAUUCUGACAAGGAAACCGCUGAUCAUCUUAACUUCACAUUCUAUGGUGAUUUUCUCCUUGAUCACAAUCCUACAAGCUUUCUGGAUGCCAUGCAGAUUUACAACAAUUUGCCAAGGCAUAUUGACGAAGAUGACAAGCUAGCUGUGCCCGUCCAGGUCUGGUUGUACCCACUGAAACAUCUCAACUCACAGGCUGCUCAGCUGGUACAAGAGAUCAGUGUGGCACUCGUGUCCAAAUCUCAGGAGGUCCUGGAGGAAUUAGACGAGCACAUCAUGAGGUGUAAUGACAUCAUUAAGGACGGUGUUGUCAAUAACUUUACUAUUAUUAGGAAAAAUGCAAAUGACUUCAAAUCAAUACUUAAUCAAUUUAAAUAUACCUUCCAAAAAGAACUGGCAAGGGUCUUGCCAAAUAUCAGGGGGGGUGACGCAAGUGAAGGAGAGCUGGCCAACAUUCUGAAGAAGAAGGAAGAGUCGCCAUUUAAGAAGUGUGUCAUAGCAACAUGGCUGGAUAAAAGAGAAAAGGAAAUCACUAUGCUCAGAAGUUUCUUUAAUCGAAUUAAAGAAAUGAAACUUGAUAUUGUUAUAAAUGACCUGGAUACAUUAAUUUACAAUACUAGUAUUAAAAAUAUUGUGUGCUUCACUUUCACUUCACUCCAUGUGUGUCAGCCAUACAUGUCAGAAAUGAAACGCUAUCUUCAAGCCCCUUCUAGGAAGUCCUCAUAUCAUCUGUCAGAGCCAAGUGAAGAGUUAAUCAUCCAGAAUUUCAGACAGCAUUCUCAGCGCUUCAUCGAGUUUGCGGAAAUUAACCAAAGCAGCAAGACAACGAAAUUUCUCGUCCACUCCAUCCCUGAUGUAAAAUAUUUUGGGGCAACAAUCUAUUUGUAUAAAUGUGGGUGUCUCAUCAACCAGAACUUUCAGCUUCCAUCGAAACCUGAGACUCUUGUGGUUGACUCCCAGACAGAAGACAGUGUAACCCUAAAGUUAAGACCACCAAAGUGUGACUUAGAAGGGUACAGAGUGGAGUAUAAGCGACUAGAAGAUGAGGAGUGGAAGACUGUGAACAUAACUGAUAAAAUUGUACAAUUUAGAAUCACAAAGUUACGUCCAACUUCAACAUAUCAACUCAGACACAGAGCCGUUUGUGAUGUUGGUGUGAGUCAGGCCAGUGAUACAAUUGAAGUGAGGACACUGCCUGUUAAAAAGCCUUUGGGAAGACAUAUUAUAAAUUGUAAGGAGAUUAAAGAUGGAAAAUCUAGACUUUACCUUUUGCCUUUGAAAUCACAGUUCAUAAAUACUGUGAAGAAGAUAGAAACAUGUCCCUUUGAAAACAGAACAUCCAUCAAACCUUCAAAAACAAUUAUGGUCCUUGGAGCAACAGGUUCUGGCAAAUCCACCCUGAUCAAUGGAAUGGUCAACUACAUCUUAGGUGUCCAGUGGGAGAAUGACUUCCGGUUCAAGUUAAUCCAUGAAGAAACAUCUAGAAGUCAAGCUGAAAGCCAGACAUCUGCUGUCACUGUCUAUGAAAUGAAUUACCAGGAUUGUUUCAAGGUCCCAUACUCCUUCACUGUAGUCGACACGCCGGGUUUUGGAGAUGCCAGAGGAAUUGAUCAGGACAAACAAAUCACUGAGCAGAUACGAGAAUGUUUUUCAUCUCCACAGGGGGUCCAACACAUUACCGCAGUGUGCUUUGUAGUUCAGGCUUCCCAAGCUCGACUGACACACACACAGAAGUACAUCUUUGACUCCAUUUUGUCCAUUUUUGGUAAAGACAUAGCCAAUAACAUCCUAGUCUUGAUCACAUUUGCAGAUGGACAGCGUCCACCAGUUCUGAAUGCCAUCACGGAGUCUAACAUACCAUUCCCCAAAGAUGAGAAAGAGAGUCCUUUAUUUUUCAAAUUUAAUAAUUCAGCACUUUAUGCUAAUAAUGACGAGACUAAUAGCAGUGAUGAUCAGAUGUUUGACAAAAUGUUUUGGGACAUGGGUGCAAACAACAUGGAGGGGUUUUUUAAGGCUUUAGAGAAGAUGGAUGAUGAAAGUUUGGAGACGGUAGUGGAAGUAUUGCGGCCUAAAAUCAGUACUGCACUGAGUAAACGUGAAGAAAUUAGACAAACCCGUGAUAUUUCAGAUAAGCAUAUUACUGACAUAGAGAGCAACAAGGAUUUUGAGUAUGAAGUGGAUGUAACUGAGACAAAAACAGAGAGCAUUGCAGGCACCGGCAAGUUCAUCACUAACUGCCAGAAAGGCAACUUCACCUGUCAUUAUCCGUGUUCUUUAUCAAAUGAUGAGGAUAAGAUCAGAUGUUCUGCUAUGAAGGACGGGGUCCGCACUGUUUGUCCUGGUAAGUGUUCACGGAAUAUUCGCUCCGACCAACAGCACAGAUUCAUCUCUGAAGCUAAAAAAGUCAAAAAGAUGUUUGAUGAGCUUAAGAAGAAAUACGAACAAGCACAAGGGGAAUUGAUGACAACUGAACAACUGUCUGAGUGGUUUUGUCAUGAACUGGAGACUUUGAUAAAGCUGAAUUACAAACUCCGUAAGGAGUCUCAUGAAAGUAUAAAACGACUUGAAGAAAUUGCCCUCAGACGAAACCCGCUCUACUUUCUAGGGAACAUUGAGCUCCUCAUUCAGACUAAAAAACAAGAAGCAAAGCUGGAAUGGAUGGAGCGAAAUAAGGAACUGCAGGAAGUGAAGGAAAGGGCAGAAAUAAUAACAAGUCUCAUUAGAAAUGAAGAACUCUCACUAAGUGUCGAAAAGAAGAGUCAAAAGAGAAAAUCGCCAGAGUCAAAGUGCCAACAUAUUAAGAAACUUUUAAAAGAGACCUUUUGAAAAAAAAAAAAAAAACUGAAUACUGAAUGAAUUUAUUUUGGACCUUUGUUAACACUCAACUGAUGAAAUCUGUUAAGAGAAUAUGAUUUUAUUAUGAAGUAAUCAAGAAUUUUAUUAAUCUCUCUUUUUAUUCUAACUACUUUGCUAAAAGCAUUUUUGUAAGAAAGCACAGUAUUGAACUGUAACAUUGACGAUUUUUAUUUUACUGUAACUUCUGAUCUCUAUAAAAGUACAGUAACUUGUCUAACCACAAAAAGAGGAAAUGUUAGUACAGUAGAGACAGCAGACCACCAAUUAAACUAGCAAAAUUGAAAGUUGUCACCACAAUAAGGCAGUCUACCAGGAUGAAUGUGAAGGACAAAGUGGGCAUUGCCCUUUCGCCUAGGCAUUUAGAGGCACACAAGGUCUUUUAGGACAGCAGAUUUAAUUUAGAAAUUCAGCUGUACUUCCCAAGCUGCAUUCCUAAGUGAACGGCUGAACUGCACCUUGUACCAACACUUUGGUCAGCUCUGUUCUACAUCUGAUAACAAAAAGGUGGAAAUCAGAGCUGAGCGGGCACCUCGUAGAAACUCCUUCACACAAAAAGGCACCCAAAAUGACAUUCAUUUUAAGCUGAACUGUGACUGGAUAUGAUGGACAAAAUAAGGCACCUAUAAGGCAACAUUGGAGAUGUGUAACUGGAAGUUGAUGAGCUGCCCAUUUUUGGGGAGCUGAAAGCUGAUCAUCCACUCUUUUAUGGUUGAGAGGCUAUCAAUUCUCUGUGGAGCAAAAAGCUCACAAACUUUCUUUGUACUGGAAGAUAAUAUCCAUAAAGCCUCGGAGCUGGAUGAGUUGAAUGAGCUCCAAGAUCAACUCUGCCGAGCCAAACUCUGGGCAAGAGACUGAGCUCAGUCUGAGAAGACUGAUUAGAAGUCAUAACUUCAAGAAGGGAACUUCAGUGCCUACACUCUUCUGUCAGAAAGUACCUUAAAACAAGCUGUGAAAGGCAGCAUCACACCACACCUCGGACAAAGGACCAUGUAUUUUUUAUGCUUCACAAGAUGAGAUUAGAUGGAGUUGGUCUCGUGGACAGCUGAGACACCUGCCUUCAUUUCAUCUUCUCAGGGAGCUGCAUGGUGCCUUAAUCAGGUGGUGGUGGUGGCAAUGGUUGUCAUCACAGAAGAACCAGAGAAAAUAACAAAGAAAAUUGGAGAUUGUGGAUCCCUGAAGAAUAUGAUAAUUCUCUGCCCAUAUAGUCUAUUAGGAAUACAACUAAUAUGUAGCUACGAUAAAGCCAUAUUAAAAUAGUGAGUUUUCAGCACUUUUUUUUAAAUGUCCCACGGAAUUAGCUUGGCAAAUUUCUAUAGGUAAAGUAUUCAGAUUUUAGGUGCAUAACAGCAGAAGGCCACCUCAACACCUCUUUUAAUCUUGACUCUUGGAAUUAUAAGCAGACCACCAUUCAAAGAUCUGAGGUUACAACUUGGAGUGUUAGGAGGACAGGCAUUCCAAACUUUAGGACGGCGCAGAUUAUUUAAAGCUUUAUAAACCAGAAGAAGAAGUUAAAGUCAAUUCUGAAUGACCCAGGCAACUGAGGUAAUGACGCUAAAACUGGUGAGACGUGCUCAAAUUUUGUUAAGAUUCUGGCUGAUCCAUUCUGCACUCAUUACAAUCGGUUGAUGUCUUUCUCAGGUAUUCCUGUUAGGAGAGAAUUACAGUAAUCUAGUCAACUAAAAGUAAAAGCUUGAACUAAUUUUUCAGUGUCUUCUAAAUCAAUUAUUGUUAUAACUUUUGCUUUAUUCUUUAAGUGAAAUAAUGCAGUCGUAGUAAUCUGGUUAAUGUGUGAUUUAAUGUUUAGGUCAGAGGCGAUGUUAACCCCUAACGUCUUUACUUCCGAUCAAGGUUAUUUCCAGUAUCCUCGCUAUAUCCAUGUUUGUCAAUCACUAAGAUUUCUGUUUUUUCCUUUUUAGUGUAAGAAAGUGACUACUCAUCAAAUCUGAAAUAACUGCUAAGACAUUGGAUCAGACAGCCAAGAGCACAGGUGUCAGACUCCGGUCCUCAAGGGCAACAGUGGCUGCAGAUUUUCAUUCUAACCGUCUUCUUCAUUAGUGAGCCGUUUUUACUGCUAAUUAACUUCUUUUGCUUUAGUUUUAAUUAACUUGACUCAGGCCCCUUAGUUGUCUCUUUUUCCUUAAUUAGUAGCCAAACAAUAAGGAGACAUCAAACAAGCCACCACAUGACCACCUCACCUGUGCCCAUCACACAAUAUCUGAAAAUAAAGAAAGGUGAAGGUCUCAGUAAGGUUGAUCUCUCAGGUCACCAAAACAUUUUGACGGUGUUCUUAGAAAAAACAGAAAAAUCGACAAAUUUGAGAAUAUCUGUUGUGGUAGAAUGAAUUGAAUUAAAUAAUGGGCUUAAUUAACAGCUUCUCAUUAAUAGACAUUUUGGAGUGAAAUUUGUUGGAGUUUGAAAUCCCAGUUCAGCUGGUCAUCUUUUGGCUCGUUUCACACCUCAUUUCUGUUUGGGUGCCAUUUAAUGAAGAAACAAAUCAAUUCAGAGGACUGAAUCCUUAAAAACAGGGCUAUUGAAAUGAAGGGAAAAGGAGCUAAUUAGCAGUGAAAACUACUCACUGAUUAGGAAAAGGGUUAGAAUGAAAACCUGUAGCCACUGCGGCCCUCCAGGCCCAGAGUUCGACACCCCUGUCCAAGAGCAUCAUUGUUGAAAAGGCAGUAUAUUAUUUAUGUGUUGUAUCCCUUUAAUUAGUUGUCUUCCACCUUGAUUUAUUAGUUAUUGUGAUUGGCCUGUGCUGAGUUGGAACUUGGCCAAUCACAGGGCUUCAGGGCUUGAACCUUAUGGAUUGUUUGGUGGCGUCUGAGCAGUAGAGUAGGAGCUUUAUUUGUUAUAUGUGAAUGUUUGCGCAAUUAUUUAUAAAGUAAGUGGAAUUUAAUUGUUUGUCCUUAAAGUAUAUUGUUUGUGUUUAAAUUUGUAAUUUGGAUAUAUAUUUAAUACAGUUUCUAAAAUAUAGACGUUUCAGGAAGCUAAAGUAUAGUUGAACAGACGCUAUUUGGAGUUUCAUACAUAUUCUUUGUUAUAGAAUUACAGUAUUAUGGUUUCCUCAUGUAUAAUAUGUAUAUAUGUUAAGAAUAAUUACUUAUUUAAUUUUAGUAAAUGCUUUAUAGUUUAGCGUUCUAGUAAUUUCCUGAUAUUGAUGUUAUCUUGAGUGUAGUAUGCCAUCUACUGGAUAAAUAAAGUAUCUGUUAAUGACUAAUGUUAACAUUGGCAAACUGAAGAGAAAGAAACUGUGAUAGCUAAUUUAUGUUUAUUAUUUUAUUUAGACCAUACCUUCACAUUUGUAUAAGUUUGGAAGAAAUUAAUAAAUAGCAUUUGGACAUCUUCAUCCAUCUCUGA